AUGGGUUUAAUAAGAGAAAGUCUGAUUAUUAUGGUUUUGGGAGUGGUUGUGGUUAUGAGCGAUGAAGUAUUUGACAAAUAUUAUGAACCCUUUUGGGGAUUUGAUCAUUUGAGUGUCACUGAUCAAGGCAAAGAAGUCCAAAUUCUUAUUGAUGCCACUUCUGGAGCUGGAUUUAAAUCUAAACAAGAAUAUUGUUCUGGGAUAUUCAGAAUGCAAAUAAAGAUAUCAGAAAAAUUAACAGGAGGAAUUGUUACAUCUUUUUAUCUAAUUUCUAGCAACAAGAAUGAACCAAAACACGACGAGAUUGACUUUGAAUUUAUAGGGACAAAAGGGAAGUUUCAGACAAAUGUGUUCGUAAACGAUCCAGGUCAUAGAGAGGAGUUGGUUAACCUAUGGUUUAAUCCCUCUGCAGCGUUUCAUACUUACGAGAUUAAUUGGAAUCCUCAGCAAAUCUUGUUCAAAGUUGAUAAUAAGACGGUAAGAACGUUCAUUUACCCUCCGAAUUACAUUUCGAGACCUUUGCAUGUGGAGGGGACCGUUUGGAAUGGAUCAUGGGCUGGGGCUGUAGAUUGGUCUAAGGCUCCUUUUACAUCGUCAUAUCGAGGGUUCUACAUUCAAGGCACCCCCUGCAACAAAUAA